UCAAAAAACCAUAUAUUUCACCAAUUCUUUUAGAUGCAAUUCAAGGAGAAACCGAAGAAAAACUUGAUGAUAAAGUAAAUAAUCUACAACAAGAAAUGAAAGAAAUGAGGGAGGUGCUUAAUGCAAUAAAAAAUAAAGUUGAGCAGUUAUAA